UGUCACUUCCUGAUUCCCGCUUCCUGCUUCCCAGAGGCCGGGAUCCGGAGCCGCCCGAGGCCGGUGCCGCAGCCCCCGGCGUCCCCGACAUGUCCUUCCGCAAAGUGGUCAGGCAGAGCAAAUUCCGGCACGUGUUUGGACAACCAGUCAAGAAUGACCAGUGCUAUGAAGAUAUUCGAGUGUCCCGUGUCACCUGGGACAGCACCUUCUGCGCCGUCAAUCCCAAAUUCCUGGCUGUGAUCGUGGAGGCCAGCGGCGGGGGUGCCUUCCUGGUGCUCCCCCUGAGCAAGACGGGCCGCAUUGACAAGGCCUACCCGACGGUGUGUGGACACACUGGACCCGUCCUGGACAUCGAUUGGUGUCCCCACAACGACGAAGUCAUUGCCAGUGGCUCAGAGGACUGUACAGUCAUGGUGUGGCAGAUCCCGGAAAACGGGCUCACCGCCCCGCUCACAGAGCCAGUGGUGCUGCUGGAGGGACACACCAAGCGAGUGGGCAUUGUCACCUGGCACCCGACAGCCCGCAACGUGCUGCUUAGUGCAGGCUGUGACAACGUGGUGCUCAUCUGGAACGUGGGCACGGCGGAGGAGCUGUACCGCCUGGACAGUCUGCACCCCGACCUCAUCUACAACGUCAGCUGGAACCGCAACGGCAGCCUCUUCUGCUCCGCCUGCAAAGACAAGAGCGUGCGCGUCAUCGACCCCCGCCGGGGCACCCUGGUGGCGGAGAGGGAGAAGGCUCACGAAGGGGCCCGUCCCAUGCGGGCCAUCUUCCUGGCGGAUGGCAAGGUGUUCACCACAGGCUUCAGCCGCAUGAGCGAGCGGCAGCUGGCGCUGUGGGACCCGGAAAACCUUGAGGAACCCAUGGCCCUACAGGAACUGGACUCGAGCAAUGGGGCGCUGCUGCCCUUCUACGACCCAGACACCAACGUGGUCUACGUCUGCGGCAAGGGCGACUCCAGCAUCCGGUACUUUGAGAUCACAGAUGAGCCCCCCUAUAUCCACUUCCUGAACACUUUCACUAGCAAGGAGCCCCAGAGGGGCAUGGGCAGCAUGCCUAAGAGGGGCCUGGAGGUCAGCAAGUGCGAGAUCGCCCGGUUCUACAAACUGCAUGAGCGCAAGUGUGAGCCCAUCGUCAUGACUGUGCCAAGAAAGUCGGACCUCUUCCAGGACGAUCUGUACCCUGACACGGCCGGGCCUGAGGCGGCCCUGGAGGCAGAGGAGUGGGUGAGCGGGCAGGAUGCCAACCCCAUCCUCAUCUCCCUGCGGGAGGCCUAUGUGCCCAGCAAGCAGCGGGACCUGAAGGUCAGCAGGCGCAACGUGUUACCAGAUAGCCGGCCUGCCGCGGCUCCCAGCUCGGCCCGCCCGGGGGCCACCGGCUCUGCUGCGUCCAUCCAUACGACCGUUUCCAGCGGCAGCCUUGCCGGAGCCAUGGAGGCUGGGAAGCUGGAGGAGGUGAUGCAGGAGCUGCGGGCACUGCGGGCGCUGGUCAAGGAACAGGGGGAGCGCAUCGGUCGCCUGGAGGAGCAGCUCGGCCGCAUGGAGAACGGGGACGCAUAGGACCACAGGCCCAGGGGAUGCCGCUCCCCCUCACUUCCUCCUCCUCCUCCACGCCUUCCUCACCCAGCCUCUGCUGGCAAGUCACACCACUAGCUGGCUGCCUCCUGCCCCCUGCCCGGGGCCUCUGGGCCAGGUUCAGGGACAGUCCACACUGACCCAUCCUGUGGGCCUGGGCCAGAGCCACCGCCUGGCUCUUGUCAUUGUCACUGUGGAGGAUUUUUGUAUCCAGGCAAGCUUAUACUCUGAGGGACCAUCUCCCCCCACUCCCUGCUCUCUCCCUGGAGGACGUGGGAGGGACAAGCUCUAUAUUUUCAUUCCAAAUAAAGUUCUCUUUCUAAAA